CAGCACCACCUUUUUUUCCUCUCAUGCAAUACCAAAACUGACCCCGCCUGGCAGAGGGACUCUGCUCGGCGAGCAGAGCGGUGCCCACACCGCCGGCACACCGCGGGAGCCGCCGCUCCCCCCGACCCUCCGCAGCCCCUCCGGGGCACCGCGGCUGCAAGUACCCGCGGCAGGCGCCGGGCUGGGGGGGCUCCUCCGGGCGCUGGGGAGCGGUCACUGCCCACGGGCUGUUCCUUUGUCCCAGCCCGGCCGCGACCGUGGGGAGGCGGCGGCGGCGGCGACUGACAGCGGCCCCCGGAGGGCAUUUCCAGGAGGCAGCGGGGCCGGGACCCGGCAGGAAAUGGAAGGAUGAAGUGUGCAGCCGGAGCGGUGAUGUUCCUUCUCUCCUUGCUUUCCCCUGCAGGAACGUAAUCCGCAAUGCUAGUUCUCAGGUUUCUCAAUGUUGUCGCUCCAGCCUACUUCUUGUGCAUCUCCCUAGUGACCUUCGUCCUCCAGAUCUUUCUCUUCAUCCCCAGCAUGUUCAGAGACCCUUCCACCACCCCACUUUUCUCUCCUGCUCUGCUGCAUGGGGCCCUCUUCCUCUUCCUCUCAGCUAAUGCCUUAGGCAACUACGUCCUUGUGAUCCAGAGCUCCCCAGAGGACUUGGGCAAGGGCUUAAAUUUGGGCAAAGGAUCCGAAGUGGUGGCGGACUGGCUGGAUGGAAGCAGGUCCCCUGGUUCAGCCUUGCCCAGCACUCACUUCUGUAGACUGUGUGCCAGAGUCACCCAGAGGCAUGACCACCACUGUUUCUUCACAGGGAACUGCAUUGGGAGCAGGAACAUGCGAAACUUCAUCAUGUUCUGCCUCUACACCUCCCUGGCUUGCCUCGAUUCCCUGGUGGCAGGCAUGACUUACAUUUCUGCUGCACUCUCCAUGUCCUUUGCGAACCCUCUGGCCUUCCUCACUCUGCUGCCUCAUUCCAUCAGCCAGUUCUUCUCAGGAGCUCUCCUUAGCUCUGAGAUGUUUGUCAUCCUCAUGCUCUACCUCUGGCUUGGGAUUGGACUGGCCUGUGCUGGCUUCUGCUGCCACCAGAUACUGCUGAUCCUUCGUGGGCAGACGCGGUACCAGGUGCGGAAGGGGAUGGUGGUAAGAGCCCGGCCCUGGAGGGAGAACCUGCAAGAGGUCUUUGGCAAGAGGUGGCUGCUAGGACUACUCAUCCCUGUGCUGAACGUGGGAAGUGACUGCCGUAGGCAGAAAGAGAAAUAAAAUUCCUGGGAACGUGUGUGUGUAUCCCAUGUACACACCACCUUCCCUCUUCUCUCCCACUGUCUCCUGGAUCACUAAAGAGAUGGGCUACUCCAUCUCUCAGGAUUGCAGUCUCCGUGGGAGGAAAUGACUGGCUAUCAAACAGAAUAAAUUUAGCAUAUUAACAAGGAGAUCACAAACCACGUAGAUGAAGAGUUACUGCAGCUUAGUAGUCACAUCAGUGCACCUGCAUAUGUGGCAACAGUCUGUGAACUAGCAGAAAAAUUAGUCAGACCCUUCUGUGGCUUCCUGCCUUACUCCUCCAGCCCCCAGCCUCAUUAGCCACCCUGUAUAGUCCCUAAUGAACCGCAGCAGGAGCUUCAGAGAGCGUGGGCUGUUGUGGUAGACUGCAAAAAGGGUGUCUGUUCCAUAGGAGGGAUUUGCAGGGUGCCUUUUCUGGCUCUUAUAUACUUGAGGUGACUUCAUAGUACUGAGAAGCCUUUAAUGACAGAACUGCAAUGCAAUCAAGCUGCCUAGGAGCAGGAUAUGCACAUGGCUAAUGCGGCAGGCAAACCUCUCCAGAGGCUAGAAAAUCAGGGAGAGAAAGAGAAAUUCAGAAUUUGUCAUUUCUGUUCUUGAUCUGCUCCCUAUGCAAUGGUAAGUCAGGACUGCAGCUCUGCUACUUAUUUUUAGCAGUCCUUUGCCCAAUGACACAGUCCAGGCAGAGCUGCCCUUCUAAUGGGGAACAGCAAGCAGAUCACACAAUCAGAGGCACAAGGAGAGGAAACCGCAAAGGUGAAUGAAAAGGCUGUGUCUGAGAAGCUGUGAAAUGAGGCAGGCUAUGCCUGCCUGGGAGAGAGAGAGAACAAGUGUGGGUACACAGCGAGCUGUCAGGAGGGUGCCAGGAGCCCUGCUGAUGUGUCUGAACCCUGCAGGGGGCACCUGCACCAUUAAUGCUGUGAAGAGCUCAAAAUCCCAGCAGAUGGGGAGGUUUUCCAGCUGGUCAGGGUGCUUCACUUUGCACUAAAACAAACAAAAAGAUGUUUACCUCGGACAUCCCUGCCACACCAUAUUUACAGGCUCUCCAGCGCAAUUCCCUCUUGCACUGCUGCAGAGGGGUAAAUUCCUCCAUGUUAUAACUCCAUUAAGGAGGUUAAUGGGAUUACUACAGGGAUUAAUCAGCCUAAUGUGUUGGUUGUUUUCUAGCUGCAGCAACAGCCCGUGAGAUCAGUGCUGAGAUCCUGUGCUAAUAGGUGCCUUAAGAAAGGAUACCCUGACAUCUCUACCAGGAUCAUAGCACUGGAUUCCCCAGCAGCUGCAGCAGGAAGCCUCCAUUUUGGCAAACUGCAUUGGCUUAUGUGGGCUGGAUAGGAAUCCAUUGCUUCUCCUUAAUAGGCUGGGGAGUAUGCGGACAAGUUGUGAAAAAUGUUAUUUCUUCCCCAGAAACUCUCUCAAUGCAUCCCAGGUAGGGGAAUGCACUUGCUUUCAUUCUUGCAUUUCUCAUGAGGCAGAACAGAGGCACUCAUUCCUACAGGCUUUGUAAGCAUCUUAUACCACUUGACACUUGCAUACACGUUUGGAUCAAUAACAAACUAAGUCUAUUGUGAUGAGCAGAGUAACCAUGAAAGUAUACUGUAAAAACCCUUAGCUGGAAAAUUAAAACAUGUAGGAUAUACGUCCUUCCACAUUAUGUGUGUUCACAUGAACAUACUGCUGUUUCCAUGUGUAAUAUGCUGUAUUUCACUAACAGUGAACAAUAAAAAGUGUUCUGCUUUUUU